AUGUUUAUCAGACCAGUUCUAUCGUCGGCCUUCCGUCAGGCCACGCGUCCUGCCUCUCGGAUUCUUUUCCCGAGUCCCAGACGUUGGCUUUCAGAUCAAACCCGUGUCGCCAUAGAAAAGGCAAUUGCCUCUGCACCCGUAGUACUCUUCAUGAAGGGUACACCAGAGACGCCUCUUUGUGGAUUUUCGCGCGUUAGUAUCCAAGUACUUGGUAUGCAGGGCGUGGACCCCACAAAAUUCACUGCUUUUAAUGUCCUCGAGGACGAAGAGCUGCGAGCCGGUAUCAAAGAGUUCUCUGAAUGGCCUACUAUACCUCAGCUAUAUGUUGACAAGGAGUUUGUCGGAGGUUGCGAUAUUCUCCUCAAAAUGCACCAAGAUGGGCAAUUAGCCAAGAUAUUCGCAGAGAAGCAGGUGCUAAGUUUGGAUGAUGGGCGAGACACUCAAAAAUAG